AUGGUUAUGGCCCAACGCCGUCCGCAACAUAGAGGAUCGCAUACGACUGCUCUGGACAGCAGGAGGUAUCCCUGCCGUCGAUCGCCUCCUCAGAAACGCGCUUCAGCCCACCCAGCGCCCUCCUACGAUACUGCGUUCCACGAAGUUCGACCAGUCCUUGUACCUCUACACCCGAAUCUUCGACGAUUGCCAUCGCGGCUGGUGAACUCUGAGAAGGAAGACAUGACGCGAUAUGAGAACGGACACUCGGACGUGCUGGCCGGUUCGAAGCGCAAGCGCGUUGUUAGCCGCAAUGAAAAUGUGAACGGUAGCAGCCGCGGCUCUCCGAAGAGGCUCAGGUCUGUCAGCUCCAGCUUUCGCGAGGACAGCAGCGAAGAGGAAGAGCACAGUGCCAUGGAGGUUGACAGGUGGUCAGAGAGUCACGACACUGAAACUGAAGAUGAGGAGUCUGAGGCGAACGCUGAUUCCAGCGACGAACACCUCAUCAACGAGGCUCCAGCAAAUCAAUUAUUGCGUAUGCGCAAGGAUGAACUUGUCCGGUUGUACUCGUCUGCUGGCCUACUCGACGACGCGGAGGCGCUCACCAAACACGAGAUCGUAGACGCCAUAGUUGCCGCCCGAGACGACGUUGCAGAGCUGCCGCCAUCUUCGCCUCCUCGUGGCGACGGUGAUUCUAGUGAUGGCUCCUCUGAUGAUGGUAAUGUCGCCGGAGACGAGGAGACUGAUUUCGCGCCUCGCCGCGCUUCCACUCUGCGACGCAGAGUGACUAUCAACGACGUAGCACGCACCAGCAGCAAACCUCUACAAAAACGUAGUCUAUCGAUGGGACAUUUUACCGGUGGCGAUAUCUCCGUAUUUCCGUUGAGGAAAGCGAACCGCGCCCUCGGCGCUGAUAAGAGGGGUUCGCAACGGUCAGAUAAUUCCAGGCGAAGAACUGUAUCACAAUGUUCAAGUGAUUUACCCGCCGUUCCUACAGACCGAUCCCCACCAGCCACACGUACCCGCUCAAGAAAGGUUUCUGCCCCCACUCAUCCCAUAACCCCUGUCUCCUCCACCUCCUCUCGAAGCAGCACACACAAUUCAAAGGGUAAAGGCAAGGCGAAACAAGUCGAAUUCUGCGAUGAAGUAUCCCGCAAGCUACGGACGCCAGCGAAAACAAAGAAACGGGAACGAAGCGCGGAUAGCGAGUCAAGCCGCCGCGCAGAGUUAGAUUUUGGUGAAAGUGAUUUAACUGAUUUGGACGACCAGUACGAUGAGGUUCGUGCUGUGGAGCCGAGCCCACGGAGACUGAGGAGUAAGGAUCGGCUUCCUUCGUACGGGGCGGAGAGCGCGCCUGUGAAGUCAAGUAGGGCUCGCACUAAGGCCGAUAGCCAGGGAUCGAAUCCUGGUCGGAGAAUUACGCCGAUGCGGAAGGCGAAAGGCAAAGCUCAGUGUCAGAGAGAAGACGUUGAUGAGGACAGUGGCGAGGAUGAGGAAGACGUUGAUGAGGUUGACGAAGAUCAGAUGGACGACGACGCAGAAGAAGCUGGUGUUGAAUCCGAUGAAGAGGCUGAGGUCGAUCAACUUGUCUCAUCUGCCUCAGUCACGCCGCCUCCACCGACUGGUCGGAGAACCCCCGUGAAACGCCGCUUGAGACCUCGCAGAGUUCAAACGUUCACCCCACCUAGUGAUGGAGAUGAUGAAGGCUCGGGUGGGAAUAGCGAGGAUGGGGACGAUGGAGAAGAUGAAGAGUCUGGUGAUGAAGAGGGCAGUGCUACUGAAGUCGCUGAAGAGGACCUGAUUUCUGAACCGAGGCGGCUAAGGAAUGGGAAGGUUGUUGGCGAGGAUGAUGCGGGCAUGGAGGUUGAGGAAGACAUUGAGGAGGAAGAGGAGGGGGAGGAAGACGUUGCUGGUGAGGAGGAGGAGGAUGCCACAGAUAUGAUUGAGGAUGAUGAGACCAUUGGAGACUCUGAAGCAGAUGCGGAUGGAGAGACCGACAACGAACCUAUUGAUCUCACCAUUGCGACUGUCAAGACGUUAGUACGCCUCAAGCGUGACGACCUCCUUCGUCUUUGCGAGAGUCGUGAUCUUGACGCCGUUGGGACGAAGCCCCAGCUCGCCGCGGCCUUGCUUCAAUGGCGAGAUCGUCAAUCUGCCAGUAUCUCUUCCCCGUCGUCCACCGGUACCGUGCGUCCUCCAUCCACGGUCCGGCGUCGUAGGCACGGGAAAACAUCAGCGCAGGACCCAACCACUCCAGUGUUGAUGCGUUCAGAUCGAGUGCACGUCGACGAACCGCGUACUCCUCCCUUCUCUAAAGACCGCAUCAAGGAGCACGAGCCUGAGCUUGAACUCGACCUUGAGAGCUUGGGGCUAGAGGAUAGGGAGAUUCCGUAUGAGAAGCUAACGAAGAUGGAGAAGAUUGGGAGUGGGGGAUUCAAGGAUGUGUUUAUUGGCAAACUCAAGGGCAAGAAGAUUGCUAUCGCAGAGUUUAGGGGUCAACUCAGCGCAAUGGACAUCAAGGAACUCAAACUAUUGGGCGGAUUCAAUCAUCCCAAUAUAGUUCGAUUCCUCGGCGUUAGUAUUCCUGAAAAUACAAAGGAGACUCCGGUCAUGAUCUUGAGCGAGUUGUGCUCAAACGGCGAUCUGUUCGACUACAUUCGGAAUGUUUCGCCACCAUCUCUCCGCAAAGUGUUAAACAUUAUGCUUGAUAUAGCCAGAGGAUUGGAAUACCUACACCUACGCAAACCAUCGGUGAUCCACAGGGAUUGCAAAUCCUCGAAUAUCCUGAUUACCUCCAAAGGCACCGCGAAGAUAGCUGACUUCGGGCUCGCGAAAGUCAAGCAAUCUACCCGAUCCAUGGUUAGAAGUCUCGUCGGCACCGUUAAUUGGCAGGCGCCGGAAUUGUGGACCGCACAUCCCAAGUAUAAUCAUAAAGUUGAUGUCUUCUCGUGUGCUAUGGUUUACUGGGAGACCCUUCAAUGGCACUUGCCCAACAAGAAGUUUCCUUGGGAGGGUAUGAACGAGCACGCCAUUUAUGAUAUCGUAGGCGCUAAGCGGCAACGACCAUCGAUAUCAGGACUACGAAAACAAUGGUGCCCCGAAAUUGUUGAUCUCAUAGAGCAUAUGUGGGCACACGAACACCAAGAUCGGCCAACCAUGUCGCAAGUCGUGGAACGGCUAGAAGAGCUGAUCCAGAUGUAUUAA